GUCCCCUCCCUCCCGCUAGUUCCCCCUCCCCUCCGGCUCCCGGCCGCCAGUCGGAGCGAAGAUGGCGAAGACCUACGACUAUCUCUUCAAGCUGCUCCUCAUCGGCGACUCCGGCGUGGGAAAGACCUGCCUGCUCUUCCGCUUCAGCGAGGACGCCUUCAACACCACCUUCAUCUCCACCAUCGGAAUUGAUUUUAAAAUCAGAACAAUAGAACUAGAUGGGAAGAAAAUCAAACUACAGAUAUGGGAUACUGCUGGUCAGGAAAGAUUCCGCACCAUUACAACUGCCUACUACAGAGGAGCCAUGGGUAUUAUGCUGGUUUAUGAUAUCACAAAUGAGAAGUCCUUCGACAACAUUAAAAACUGGAUAAGAAACAUAGAAGAGCAUGCAUCUUCAGAUGUAGAAAGAAUGAUCCUGGGUAAUAAAUGUGAUAUGAAUGAGAAAAGACAAGUUUCAAAAGAAAAAGGAGAAAAGUUAGCAAUUGAUUAUGGAAUCAAAUUUCUGGAGACAAGUGCAAAAUCAAGCAUAAACGUGGAAGAGGCUUUCUUCACCCUUGCACGGGAUAUCAUGACAAAACUCAACAAAAAAAUGAAUGACAACAGUUCAGCAGGUGCAGGUGGGCCAGUGAAAAUAAUGGAAAACAGAUCAAAGAAGAGCAGCUUCUUUCGAUGCACACUGCUUUGAUGAACUCCUAAUAAUAGACUGCAGCAUACCUAGAGAGAGAGAAAACCCUUUUCCUGCUUCUCUGAAAGCACAGGCUCACCUGGCCUCAGAGCUGUUACCACCAGGCUGCUGCUGAGAGCUCUGUUUGAAUGUAGAGUGUGCUAAACCAAGAGAGAAAAGGAUUUUGGUUCGCUCUGCUUCUCAGCAAGUCGGGCUCCCUCUUCUCAAACACAGAAGCUGUGAAGUUGAGAGACACACGUGCAGGAGCUAAAUCUUCUUUAUUACUUUGUUUCACUGCCUGCUUCAAAAGCUGCUAAGUUUUUUCUUUGCACAUAUUUGCCCUCUGUUGCCUGCUAGAGCACAGUCUUAACACUUGUCUUUGCACAGCUUUCUUUCUUUCUGUUCUGGUAAGCAUUCCCUAGCAUUUCACCCAGCUGUAGUAUAAAGGGAUCAAAUUGGGUCCCGUACUGAAUACAGAGGGCAUGGCCAUAGAUGCAGCACCCAUGCUCAGAGGGUCACCAUAGAGCCAAUAGAAUUCUGCCUACAAUUAUUCAUGGGCAUCACAAGAGGCCCUUGGAGCUCUGUGUGCUUCCUAUAUCCCCAGCCAGUUGCCCUCCUCAACUCAGUGUAAUUUACUUGUGCUCUGUCAAGGCAAAAGGGAGGGCUAGAUGGCAUGUAGGCGUAGACCUCCCACCAACACUGUGGCUCCUCAUACUGCCUUGUGUACUUAAUAAGAAGGGGCAGGAGGGCUGAAAGCCCCGCAUCUGGUGGCCUGGAAUAUGGCCCUAGUAUUUUUCUCAGGCAUAGAAAUAUGUCUGCAACAUAAAUGUGGUUUUGUAGCCUGGUGUUGGAAAGCUUAACACCCCAGGCACUUACAAUUUCUAUUUGGGCUUGCCACUUUUGUUUGACAAAUACACAGAUCUGUUUAUAUGGAAAUGAACUUUUUUUCUGAAUGUAUGGUGUUGAAUUUCUAUGUACAGAAGGUGUACUGGAACCACUUACAGUAUCUCUUACAUCAAUCCAAUUUCACUUCUAUUUCAUGCUGUAUUCAGUUGAACUGGAAGGCACUCAGUUCUCUCUUGAAUGCAACUAUUCCUGUAUAUAAAGGUUCCUGUUUCAGCCUGUUGAAUAUUAAUAGAAAAAGCACACACAACAUGUGUAACUAUCCCAUCUAGCUUUCAGUCCCUUUUUCAAAAAGCAUAGUCACUGUCCUCCUGAUAUGACCUUCCAUGAAUCUUGAGGCAACUGGUGUUGGUUCAGACAUUUAGAACAGAUAUAAACUUAGCUGCCUUUCUCACUUAACUGAGACUCCCAUACCAGCCUAUUUCACCACUAUUUAAAUUAUUUAUAAAAUGUUGAGUUACUUUAAAUACAGGUGCUUUAGUUCGAUUGAUGUGCCAAACAUGGACCUUUGUAAGUUAAAACUUAUCUCAACACAACCUUGAUGACACCCCAGCUCCAUGAGCUGCUGUUGUGAAACAUGUCCCAUUAGCUAGCCAAAUAGGCACACAACGUUGCAUCGUUUUAGAGGGUCAAAUGUCAAUAUAAUUCUAAGCAUAUCUUGCGUCAUUCAAGGUGAAUAGGUUGGCCACUGGCACUCUGUAACAUAACAUUGGUUGAGCGGGUUAGAAAAAACAUUCCUGUGGAGUUGUGAAUUUUUGCACACUCUUCCUGCCCCUCUGUUUAUAAUCCUAACAAUAUUGCUCCAAUUACCUCUUGGAUUGCAGCAUCUGGGUUGAUGCAUGGAAAGAGGAGUGUAUCCAACAGGAAUAUUAAACAGCAAAACACAAAUAUGUCUGAUUGCUGUAGGUCCCAUGCUUGGACUAAAGUGUUGUGGUUCUUGCUUUAUAACACAAAGUGCUUUUUGGGGGGCAAGUGUGACUCCACCCACGAUGAAUGUCCAUCUUUUUUCCACAUCUGACUUCUUUGUAUUGUAAUCUGUAUCUCAGGGGGUUUGUCUGAAAGCCAAAACUGACAAGUUCUGUGGUUCCUUUUGGCAGAUUUUCUUUGCUUAUGUUUCCUCUUCGUUGGCAUCAUACUUCACAUCUUGGUUCUAUGUACGAACAUUUAGUCUCUAUGAACUUCCCUUUGAGAGAGCCUGUAACUAGUUGAAUUUAUAUAAAGUGCUUCUUGAAGCAGCAGCAAAUUGGGGUAUCUACUCUGUUUUAUUUUAAAAAAUAUCUUGCUAUUUUCUUACUUCUAGCUGUGCUAAAAUGUACAUAAUUUGAGUAAGACCAUAGGAAAUUCACUUUAAGAUUGGUGUAAGGAUGCCACACACAGUUCACUUUCCCUCAUUGUUAAUAUUGUUAAUAUUUAGUUUUAUCCUGUCAAAAUAUUAGUGACAGAAUAGUCUGUUCCCUGCUGAAGUUCUGAAAAUAUUUGUUUCAUACGGAAACAACUUUAGUCUUAAGGAAAUGUUGGUAUAGCCUAUGCAGCAGUAUUAAGUGCUAUGGCUGCACUUCAAACUUUUCAUAAUGUUUGAUUUAGCCCAUUUUUCUACAAAUAAUAUGCCUUGUCGAACUGCAUUUUACAGUGUAAAUCAGCUGAUUGUCCACGUCAACUUAUUUCCUUGAGUGCUCGAGGCAAACAGGCAAGCUAUGAUGGUAUGGGACUGCCUUUGCCUUCAUUGCUUGAUGCAAACAUUUCUUACCCCAGAACAAGUCUUGUGUUGGGUGUUAACCCUGCAAAAGACAACAUUCUUCCAUUUAGCUAAUAGUUGGUUUAGAUUCCCCAACUGUUGUCUUUUCAUGAUACAACACAUUUAGCCUUGCUCUGCAGAACUCACCCAUUUAAAUGAAGGGUAAUCCUUGAUACGCUUUCCAGAGCAGAAAGCAUACCCUCUCUUUCCAUUCUUAGUUUUUUGUCGUUUACUACUGACUUUCUAAAAAGAGAGUGCAAUUUUAAAACAUGCAUCUGUGCUUAGCUAAACUUGUUGAUCCAUCAAAGCAUUGUCUCUCUUCCAGUUGACAUUUUAUAGCUUAAAUGCUUGGUUUUAAGUUUCAUGCAUCUGGUUAGAUUUGGAUUCCUGUGUGGCAUAUGAAAUAUAAUCUCUUUUUGAACUUGGUGUUCUCUCUGUACCAUACUUGUAAAAUACUUGCUAGCCUUUUUUGAGAAGUGUUGUUUUUUUAAAUAAAUGGGGUAUUUACCUGUC